AUGGUCGCUCCCUCCAUCCGCGUGGCCCCUUCGGCCGCCAACAGAGCUCUGAACCUCCUGCGCACUGUUCAGUAUACUCACCCACCAUCAUGUCCAUGCCAUUCAAAUCCUAACCAUCAUCAUCAUCACCGCACACCCACACUAGCAGAUCAUGUCCGUCGUCAUAUGGCCACACCUGUUGACCCCUCACGGCAGAAGGAGUACGCCUUCGAGAUGGCCGCCUCCAGCAUCCGAUUCGGCCCUGGUGCCACAAAGGAAGUUGGAAUGGACUUUGCCAACAUGCAGGCAAAGCGAGUAUGCAUUGUCACAGACCAGAAUGUCUCCAAGUUGGACGCUAUGAAGCAAGCCGUGGAAGGGCUGAGCCGGGAAGGAAUCGAGUUUACGGUGUUCGAUAAGGUUCGGGUUGAACCAAAGGAUUACUCUGUCAAAGAGGCAAUUGCUUUUGCAAAACCAUAUAACCCAGAUGCGUUCCUCGCAGUGGGUGGUGGAUCGGUUAUUGAUACCGCAAAGCUCAUGAACCUCUACACGGUCUACCCUGAGGCCGAUUUCCUCGACUUUGUCAAUGCGCCCAUUGGCAAGGGUCUUCCAGUAGAAAGGAAAUUGAAGCCCUUGGUAGCGGUGCCAACCACAGCAGGCACUGGAUCAGAGACCACCGGAACUGCUAUUUUCGACCUCGUGUCUAAGGGGGCCAAAACCGGCAUUGCACACCGGAACCUCAAGCCGACUCUGGGAAUUUGUGACCCCCUGAACACGCGGACCAUGCCGUCCGCCGUGCACGCCUCCUCCGGUCUAGACGUCCUUUGCCACUCCCUGGAGUCAUGGACCGCAAUCCCAUACAACGAGCGAACACCCCGCCCAACCAACCCCAUCAACCGUCCCGCGUACCAAGGCGCGAACCCAAUCUCCGACAUCUUCUCCCUCCAAGCCCUUCGCGACACCGUCAAGUAUCUGCCCCGAGCCGUCAAGGACCCAGAUGACUUUGAGGCCCAGUCAAAGAUGCUUCUGGCCGCUACCUUAGCCGGUGUUGGCUUUGGUAACGCCGGUGUCCAUCUCUGCCACGGCAUGAGCUAUCCGAUCUCCAGUCAAAACCCCGGCUACAAGCAUGCCGGGUAUGACGUUGAGCAUCCGAUCAUCCCACACGGUGUGUCAGUCGCUGUCACCGCGCCUGCAGUCUUCCGAUUCACCGCUGCAUCCAACCCAGACCGCCAUUUGGCAGCAGCUGAGGCCUUCGGUGUCGACAUCUCAAAUGUCAAGCGUGAAAGCGCAGGUGAAGUGCUCGGCGAAGCGAUUACUAAGUUCUUGGCCGAGCUGGGUGACCAGCCCCGUGGUCUGAAGGACCUCGGAUUUAAGUCUUCGGAUAUUGAUUCCCUGGUGGAGGGGACUCUCCCGCAGAGACGGGUUCUGAUGCUUGCGCCGAAUCUCAACGCGGAGCUGGAGGCAGAGAAGAUUGAACUGAGGAGUUUGUUAGAACAAUCUAUGGAUUAUUAA